CAUCUUUAUAUUCCUACUCCUUAAGAGCAAUUGAUAAGAAAACAUGGAGGUUGAAAACUUGCACCAUUGAUAGUAUUUAUUGUAGAGGUUAUUCGAGCAGAACUUUUGUUUGAUCUGAUGCAUGGCAGCAUGCCAUACGUUGGUUCUUAGUACAAAUGUAAUUAGAUGAUAUUUCAUCAUUAUGAAACUUUAGUUUUAAUUCUUUACUGGCAAAUAAACACAUUUAAGUUUGCAGAUGCUUAUAUUUAUAUGGUCAACAUUAUUAAGUCUUCAUAUGCAUCUUGUUACUCGUAAUUUGAGCUUAAAGCACAUCAAAGCCUGAAAGUUCUUCUUGUUGAAUAUUAUUGUCCUCAAAGUGUUUGCAAAAUGUCUUGGAUGAUUUCAGGGUGAUUUUAAAGCACAUCAAAUUCAUUUAUUUAUCAUUAUAUUUUAACCAUUAUUUCAUGAGGUACAUUAUAUAUAAUAUUAUGAAUCAUUUGGUCAUCUAACAACUAAGGCUCGAUAUCUUUUUUCUAUAUACAGUUGUGGAUCUUGUGGAUAUCCUUUGAACUUGACAUCUUCUAAUAGAAUCACAUCUGGAAUAGGCUCCGACUAUCAAAAAUCCAUCAAGAAGGGUGUGAUUUCUUUUAUUUCUGUUGAUCUCAGUCGAUUUACUCAAGUUGAUGAGAUAAAUUGUUUUCCCAUCAAUCUGGGCCGUUAUAGACCAAAAACUAAGCUUCUUUGUCGCAAAUGUGGAGCCCUCAUUGGCUAUGGAUAUGGUGAGUCAGCUGUUCUAUGUGGCUUUGACUCUGUUGGUUCAUCUUCUUCAAGUUGCCAAAAGUAUUCAAUAAAGAUUCGUGCAUUACAGCCUUCAGAUUAGAGUUAGCUUUCCUUUGGUUUAUUGAUGCAAAGAAUGGAUUAUCAUUCAAAUAAUGUCGAGAGCUAUCUACCCGAUGAUUGCUUGCUUAUUAUUUGUCGGAAGCUUCAAAAUAUUACGGAUCGAAAUGCUUUUGGCUUAACUUGCCGUCAUUGGCUUCAUAUUCAAAAUUUAGCACGCAGAUCGUUAAGCUUUCACUUCUCUUAUAAUCCAAAUAUUUACCAAGUGUAUAUUCGAUAUAUACCAAGACUAUUGGUCCGCUUCCCCUAUCUCAAUUCAAUAUCUCUAGCUGGUUGCACAGAAUUACCUGAUUCAGCAUUGGUUCGACUAAGAGAUUCUGGAUCAAGCCUUCAGUCUCUUUCUUUGUAUUGUUGUUUUGGCAUCACAGAUAAUGGUCUUACUCAAGUAUCUACAGGAUGCACUAAUUUGGUAUCUAUUACUCUAUAUCGUUGUAAUAUCACAGACGUUGGUUUAGAAAGCCUUGCUGAGUAUUGUCGGUCAUUGGAGAACAUAAAUCUCUCCUAUUGCAUAUUGAUUUCAGACCGUGGGAUUAAUGCAAUUGCUAGGAGGUGUUUGAAACUUUAUGCUUUUAUGAUUUCAUAUUGCAAGGGCUUAACAGGUAUGGGAUUCAAAGGCUGCUCGUCUACUCUAACUUAUUUAGAAGCUGACUCAUGCAUGCUUACUCCAGAAGGAUUGUUGGAAGUUGUCAGUGGGGGUGGGCUUGAGUAUUUAAAUGUGUCCAACUUGAGAAACUGGGUUGGCAUGGAUGGCUUGGGUGGGAUUGGUGCCGGAUCUGCUCCAAGACUUCGAUUUCUGAACUUGAGAAUGUGUCGUUUUGUUGGUGAUGAAUCAGUGGCAGCCAUAGCCAAGGGCUGUCCAUUGCUUGAGGAAUGGAGUGUUGCUGUCUGUCAUGAGAUCCAUAUUUCUGGAUGGUCAGCUAUUGGAUCAAAUUGUCGAAAUUUGAAGAUUUUACAUGUGAAUCGGUGCCGAAAGCUAUGUGACCAAGGAUUGCAAGCUCUACGAGAUGGUUGUGGCCAACUUGAAGUGUUGUAUAUGCAUGGUUGUCGUAAAGUCACUCAUGUGGGAUUAGAGACCUUCAAAAUUCAAAGACAGGAUGUGGAAAUCAGAAGGGAGGAAUGUGUGUCCAUUGGGCCUUGUAUGGAUGAUUUAUUUGCACAGUGAUAAUUUUCAGAACAUAGAGAACUUAAACAGCAACAACAACUACAUUUCAAAAUCUGCUCUUCUCUCUUUGUAACUUGAUCUAAAGCUAUAUCCUUAAAACAAUUCAAUGACAAUUUAGCUUCAA